AUGGGGGAAAGGCUGACGGCGCAACCGUUUCGGCGGUCUGGCGGAGCCGCGGGCGGGCUGAGGGCGCAGCCGGGUCUACGGUCCGGCGGGGUCGCGGCCCUGCGGCGGUGCUGCAGUGACGCGCCGCACGACCGUCGGAGGGUGCACGCGGUCCCGCGCUCUGGCGGGGUCGCCGCCCGGCGGUGGGGCUGCGGCGGGCAGACGACGGAGGUCGUAGGCGAGUGGGCGCUCCGCCGGGUCGCGCGUGAGGCGGCAGAGCUUCCUUCCGGCGCGGCGGCGAUGCACGGGCGUGGUUCCCGUGCGUGGAGCGGUGGGUUGGGAAUUGGGAUGGUGAUUUUUUUUUUUCGGAACUGGGAACCUGGCUGUAGAUGA